GUUAACCAACGGAGAAUGGAGUCACACAUAGCAUCGCUUCUGUUGUUGUUGCUCGGCUUGGGGUUGUGCACCUGCGAGCUGAAUAUCUAUAACAAUUUUCGCAAUAUGCAAGUGCGCCUGGCCAGUUCGACUGCCCCAGCUCUAAAUGCCAACCAGCCAUUGCGCGAGGGCCGCGUGGAGAUCAGUUUUGACAAUGGCGUCAGUUGGGGCACCAUUUGCAGCACGCAUUGGACACUCCGCGAGGGCAAUGUCGUGUGCCGGCAGCUAGGCUUGGGUUACGCUUCCAUGGCGAUUUCCAGUACGAAGCAUGGCAGUAGUCAUACGAAUCCUUGGGGCCUGGUGGGUACGCGAUGUCGAGGCACUGAGCGAAAGUUAUUGGAAUGCAGCCGAGAACCGACAUAUCCGGCCGUGUGCGAUGCCCAGAAUCGUAAUGUCAGCACAGUGGCCUGUGUGAGCAAAUCGGCAGAUCUGGAGCUUGGUGUUUCGGACAUCGAGAUAAGUGCGUACCUGGCAUUGGUCCCCAUGACUCAGUUGACCUGUGCCAUGGAGGAGAACUGUGUGUCGAAGGAUGCGUAUGUGAUACGCAGGACAAAUCCGAGCGCCAUCCGCAAGCUGCUGCGCUUCUCAGUCAAGGCUUCCAAUGUGGGCAAUGCCGACGUUAGUCCCUAUGCCAACUACAAGGACUGGGAGUGGCAUCAGUGCCACAUGCACUACCACAGCAUGAAUGUCUUUGCCACAUUCGACGUGUACGACAAUCGGUACAAAAAGGUGGCCCAGGGCCACAAGGCCUCCUUCUGUCUAAUGGACUCUGAAUGCAAUUUAGGCGUGGCCCCUAAGUACACGUGUGGCAAUACCACGCAAGGGAUUACCGCUGGCUGCUCGGACGUGUACAGCCAUGUCCUAGAUUGCCAGUGGGUGGAUGUGACCACGGUGCCCGUCAACAAAAAAUAUAUUUUGCGCGUCGAGCUUAAUCCCGAGUACGUUCUGGGCGAGAUGUCCUUCGAGAAUAAUGGCGCCGAGUGUGAGCUGGAUUAUACGGGCGAAAUCCUAACCACAAGGGUCACCAGAUGCAAGCGGAAGCCGUUGCUUAUAUGAAAAAA